UUUCUCCUCCUCUUCCUUCUUACACAUCACCUCCUUAAUUUCCCUCUCUUUCUCCUUUUCUCUCCCUUCCCUCACCUUUAUUUAUUCAAUUUCCUUUCCACCAGAUCUAUUUCUCAAACCCCAUCUUUUAUAUAUAUAUAUAUAUAUAUAUAUAUAUAUACACACACACACACAGAAAUUUCCUCCAUCCCCAAAACCCCCUUUCCCCUUGAUGAAUAUCACAAGGCCAUCUAUCUUCUCCCUCCCCAUGCAUGAAACCAUUCAAUUGAACAUCUUAUUUGCCUCUCCACAAGGAAACUUCUGAAACUAAUUGAACAAACCCACAAAGUCUUUCUUUUUUUGGUCUUUCAUGGAUAAUCUUCCAGUAAAAGCAGCGGUGAAUUCAAAAGAGGACAAACAGAACUCAGGGAACAGGAAGAGUACAUCAUCCACAAAGCCACAGGAGCAAGCCCUAAAGUGUCCCAGAUGCGACUCCCCCAACACCAAAUUCUGCUACUACAACAACUACAGCCUCACGCAGCCUAGGCAUUUUUGCAAGACCUGUAGGAGGUACUGGACAAAAGGCGGCGCCUUGCGUAACGUACCCAUCGGUGGCGGCUGUCGGAAAAACAAAAAGGAAAAAUCAUCCUCAAGACUCUUAGGCGACUCCGGAUCCUCAUCUGAGAUUGGCAGCUUGAAGUUCUUCCACGGCCUUACUCCGGCCGUGGAUUUUCAGCUCGGAGGAUUAUCCUUCCCCAGGCUUACUCCUCCGACCACCAGUAUUUAUAAUCCGUUCUCUUCCUUUGGAGACAGUACUGCUACGAGCUCUUCUCCUUCGUGUUUUAAUCUCGAUUCUUCUGGUUAUGGUCUAUCCAGUUCCUGUGCCUACAGCGGUGCGAUUCAAGAGAUGGGGUCUAUGAAUGUGAAUAGCAGUCUGGCAUCUUCAAUUGAGUCCUUGAGUUCUAUAAACCAGGAUUUGCACUGGAAGUUGCAGCAGCAGAGAUUGGCAGUGCUGUUCGGCACCGGAGAGAGUAAACCAGACGGUCCCGCUCUAGAAAAGCCCCAUCCCCAAGGACAACAACCCAUUUUGUUUCAGAAUUUGGAGGGUUCGAAACUGGAGGCUGAGAAUUCAAGAAAAGGCGGUGAAAGCACUGAUGCAACAGAAUGGUUGUUUGGAAAUUCUUAUGCUGCACCAGUUACCACUCCCAAUCCUACCAAGAGAGGUAGCAACGGCAAUGACAACACCAGCAACUGGAACUCAGCUUCGGCAUGGAACACCGAUUUGCAUCAAUACAAUGCCUUGCCCUAGAAGGAAUCAAAGAAAGGAAAAUUAAAAGAAAGAAAUUUAUCCAAAACGCAUUAUAACUACAGUAGGUAUUUGAUUGUUAAAUUAUUUUUAUAUAUUUUUUUUUCCAAUUGGGUUGUGAUGAACAUAUCAUUAAUCUUUAAGCCAAGAUUAUGUUAGAAUCAAAUGCAGAACUAUUGGUACUUUGUACGAUUCAAUACAUAUGUACAUGUUAUUAGAGGCUUAACUCUCACUUUUGCAAAAGGCUCUUUUUAACUGUUUUGUUUCUCAAUCAAAGAAACAGAGUUUGAGGCUACUCAGAAUUAUCAGCUAUUGAGUCAGAGACACCACCGCUGCCUGGGUCGAUGGCUGCCAGCUUAACGUUGCAUUGCUAAGCAGUUAGAUGUAGUCCAUAUCUAGCCAAAGCUCUUUGUAAUAAUUAGUUGCAAAUUUGCAGUGUAGUGUGAUCUGAAUCAUCUGAUGGUGUAUGUCUGCAAAAGUGGUGGUCUGAUAGUGUAUUG